CCCCUUGAAUCAGUAGGCAAAAGAAAACACGCCUGUGAAUCGUGGUAGCAGUGAUUGAAUAACAAUCCGACGGUGAAUAAGUUUUUUGUUUGCGUGGAUGAACAAACGCGCAAAAAGAUACACGGCGUUUUUCGGAUCGUUAUUAGCGAAAGGGUUUCAUGACGGGAGAGUAACGGCAGCGGUAUAACCGAGUCGCUACAGUCGAGCUGCGAUCUCUGGCGCGUGAAGGAGUACGCUGAGAAGAAAGGUUAACGCUCGAAUUUAAAAUACAGUGCACCUCCGCGUUUGCGUACUGGUCACGACGAUACUGUCUCUUGGAAAGCCCCGUCUCGAUCAAGAUCCAUGGAUCCCCCUGCAUGCUUGAACGAGGUCUGUGAUUCGAAGACCUUUUUACGUUAGAACAUGCGAUUGAACCGUGGUAAAAGGUGAUCCUUGACUGGAGAACAACUAUGCACUGGAACAUGGACGAUUUUAAUGAAUUGUGAUAAACUUACGUUCGAGGUUGGAGUAUGGCCCACAAAGUUGCUGUCGAUAAUUCGAUAGAUCGAUAAUAUCGUUAAAACGGAUAAGUGAUCAAUGAAGUAUGUAACACGUAAUUAUAUUACUCAAAUCUAACCUUCCGUCAGAAAUAUGAUGUAAAAUGAUGCGCCGAAAGUAAUAGUCGCAUCAACGUAAUCAGUGAAAGUAUCGAUUGGAUUACGCGUAGCGGAUCGAAUCAUCGUGUGACGCAUCCGUGUAACCUGAUAAAGAAAUAUGUAUUUAUAAAACAGACUCUUCGAAAUGUGCUUCGAAAAUCGUUCAUUCGUGUACGUUUUAUCGGUAAACAAACAUCGUUAUCUUUAUUAGACACCGGUAUACAUCGAUCUAUCUAAAUGUUGCAACAAGUGUCAUCAAAGUGUACGAAACUAUCGAGCGAAUUCAAGAAUCGAGAAUUAUCGAUUCGCGCAGGAUUCCGUUCAACCGCUAACAAUCUUAUCGAGAUCGAGAUACAGUGAAUGCGACAAAAUGCGUGUUUCGUGCCUGUUCUUUAUUUUUCUGAUCGUUCAUGGCCAAUCGGACGAAGGGUUCGACCAAUCAUCCAUUUACUAUGCGGAGCCAACUUUCAUUAAUGCGAGCAACAGCAAUGCAAAUGGGGUUCUCACGGAAGUGCACGGAGGUCGUAUUGUUAGGGGACAACGAUUAUUGGAACGAUCGAAGAGUCCUUAUCUGGUGCGAGAAGAUUUAUUCGUGGAACGUGAGGGAGAACUGGUGAUAGAAGCAGGGGUGCAGAUCCGGUUUGGUCCCAUGAUCGGAAUCACGGUUCGCGGUAUCAUGACAGCCAAGGGAGAUCCACAAGCACCGAUUCUGUUAUCGGCAGCAGAAGUAAAUAACGAGGUGCAUCCUGCAGAGUCUCCGCUUUCGAUACGACUGGUAGAUGGUCCAACACCAUACGAGGGUCGAUUACAGCUUUUCCAUCGAGGGGAAUGGAGAUCCGUUUGCACCAAUUCACGAAAUUGGACACGGGCUGACUUGGAAACAGCGUGCAGACAACUCGGUUUCCAAGGAGGACGAUGGUGGUCCUGGAUAGACAGACAAUGGCCCGCAAAACCGCGGUUGCUUUACGAGCAACCGGGCUGCAAAGGCACGGAAGCAUCCUUAACGAGUUGCGAGAAGUGGUCCGAUAGACAACUGGGUGGUGGAGUUUGUGAUUAUCAUCCUGAUCUUGGGAUAUCCUGUCUGCCUCGUCACGAUGGAGCUACGAAGGCGAUCAAGCAUUGGCGAGGCAUUCGUUUCGAGGAAGCUUUGUACGAUCAUCCAUUAACUCAAGAAAACACUCUUUAUAUAAGACAAUCCAAGUCAAUUCUACGGAAUGUUAUCAUAGAGCAUGCAGGGACGGGUCGGGAGUAUAACGUUACGGCCGCGAUCGAUGUCGAGGGUGUUCCACCGCAAAUGGAGUCGAUUUCAGUUCUUGAUGCCGCCUUUACGGGCAUUAAUGUCUCCACGCCGAACGCUCCUGUAUUAAUAAACAACUGCACUAUUCGGAAUAAUAGAGGGUAUGGAAUUUACGUAAACAGUUCAUCUGGCAUGGCACAUAUUAACGAUUGUUCUAUAUUGGAUAAUGGAGCGGAUGGAAUUAAGUAUAUUCAUUUCGACGAACGACCCGAUGACAAAUUAGAUCGUACAGAGGUCUUUGAUUUGUGCACUUUUCCAACCACUGCCAGUCAGACCUUUCCUGUAAUAAUAUCCAUGGAACAGAGCAAAUAUGCACAAAAUGAAAAACGUUGUCCGCAGCGCAUAUUCACGAGACCAGGCCACGUGCUGACAAUGCACUUUCUGCAAAUGAAAACUAGCAGAAAUAACAGUGCAUUCAUCGAGGUGUACGACGGCAUAGGUGAAACUGAAAAGCUGUUAGCCAGCGUGAGAGUGAAGAAUGGCACACUUCCUCAGAGCGUCACCACGACUCGUCAUAAUAUGUACGUGAAGUUUGUCGCCGAGCGACGCACCUCUACGAUCAUUUUCGUACGAUUGUCUUCUGGUUACAAGAAAACGUAUGAUCUCAACGUAACUGGUAGCGUAAUAGCCGGUAAUAAUGGAAGAGGAAUUGCAGUGGAAAAGUUGCGAUCCGCUCUACACGUUCAUGAAACUUCAGUGUCGAAUAACAAACAUGUAGCAGGCGUUCAUGUAUUGGAUGGUGUCGCGGAUGUGAAUAUCACCGGUAGUCGUAUUUCCUUCAACACUGGAGAUGGUGUUAACAUCACCGUUACAGGAGGAAAUCGCAAUAUAUCACGGACAAGUAUAUCCUCGAAUCAGGGUUACGGAUUUGCAGUGUGGUUGAGCGGUAAUUCUUCCACCGACUACGUGUAUUUCAACCAGUCCACCGUGGUCGAGUAUUCGCAAAUAUUCAGGAACAAGGACAUCGGUGUUCUCGUUGGCAACGUGACAGGCGAUUCUUACGUAAACGUGACCGGCAAUUGGUUCAAUAGUAGCGCAGACACGGCGUUACAAGUAGAAUCCAGUUGGAGACAGAAUGCAGGGAUGCUGAGACUUCAAAUUGGUCACAAUUCUUUCGUGCAGAACACGAAGGUCGGAAUUAAACUGAGUCCGGCUCUCAACAUGGAAGCAACCAUCGAGUACAAUCACUUCAGAGAAGAAUCCAAUGGAUGCAUACUGAUCAAGAAUCCUUUGUACGAGGAGUUCAAUAUUUUGCCGGUUGACAUCGUAAUCAGACACAACGAGUUCUACGGUAAUCGUGGUGCUUUCGUGGCAAACAUCGGUCUUUCACCGUACAGCGACGUUCAGAGAUUACUGUUCACCAGAAACUUCUUACGGGACAACCGCAUUAGAGAGCUGUUCGACAACGGCAUCGCGAUAAGAUCCAAGCUGGUACCUCGUUCCAGAGUCGCGGCUGUUGUCGUGGUUUCCUCCAGCAACGUGGAAGUGUUUCGCAACAUUUUACACAACCCAGAGUCGCGAUACGAAAUCGGUUCCCACUUGGAGGACCAGAGCAAGAUUAUCAACUGCACGUACAACUGGCUGGGAUUCGCCGAAGAGAACAAAAUAUUCGAGAGACUGUUUCAUAGGAAGGACAGAUACAACUUAGCCAAGAUCGAGUAUCUGCCGUAUCUGUUACACAGUAGCAAUCCAGGUGCCAACACGAUAAUCACGAAUCCAACGUUCGUUCCACGGUUCGUUACCCCCGGUACGAAUUUAGUGGGUGGUGAAGUGGAUGGUUUAGAGUUUCUGAACGCUGGCGAGUACAUCGUUGAGCGUGACAUCAACGUGCGACCGGAUGGCAAGCUAAUUCUUCACCCUGGCGUUACCUUGCGCUUCCCACCAGCCGUGGGCAUGAUGGUCGCCGGUAAACUGGACGCUCGAGGCGCACGACCCAGCGACAUCUUGUUCACUUUGAAAGAGGAACUCUUGAUGGACUCCAGCAACGCGUCCCUGAUGGACGAAGGCCUAAGUCAAUUGAACGAGAUGGAGUCCAUACCCGUCCGACUCCUCGGAGGAAAGACAAACCUUGAGGGAAGGUUGCAGGUGAAGGUGGGCGAGAAAUGGGGCACCGUUUGCAACUACGGUUGGACGAUGCGCGAUGCAGCUCUCGUUUGCCAUCAGUUAGGUCUCACUCUGGACCCUGACAACUGGCUGAUGGAGCGCUCUCAGAUCCCAAAGGCGGGCAUCAACGAAGAUAUCGUGCUCAGCAACGUCAGAUGCACGGAGAACGACAACGACGUGUCCAGGUGUCGAGCAGAAACAGAGCAGAACUUCGAGAAUUCCUGCACGCAUGAGAACGACGUUGGUGUCAGAUGUUCAGAAGCUGCGUGGGCGGGUCUGCGAUUGGGACCCCUUGCACAGAGAAGCGAUCUUCAGUUUGUGACCAUCGAGAAAGCUGGGUUACUAGAUUAUACCACGAGCUCGUUCAAGCCAGCCUUGCAAAUAGAUUUCGCGAGACACUCCCUGGACAACGUUCGGGUCAUCGACAACCUGCAAGACGGUUUGGGAGUUCUGUAUUCGGACAUCUAUUCCGCGGAUGCGGUGAACGUGGUCAAGAACAGUGAUUUCUCGCAGAACGGAGGGAGCGGUAUAAGCUUCAAGCAGUUGGGUAUGGAAAUUAUCAAUACCAGGAUCGAGAACAACAAGGUUGCCGGCAUAAGACACAACCCUGCCCUCUCCGCUGUUCAGCAACGAGAAUUCGCUGGCUGGUUUCUGGGUGUACCAGACUACACCGAUUCCUCUUACAAUCCGAUAGUCAUACCGGAUCAAAUGAAGGACAUCGAGUUGACUAACGAGGAAACCAAGUAUUUGAUUACGGCCAAGUUCACGGGUGAACCCAUUAAAAAAUGGGUCCAUAUCUCAUGCAAACCAGGAUACGUUAUCGGUAUCCAACUACUCAAUCCCAUCGAAAACGGCAGCACGGAGGAGAUAAUCAUUGACACCUAUAGAAGUAAAUGGGACCUGAAACGGGAUCUGGCGGUGUUCCCUGCUACGUCCAGCUCUUAUGACAUAUCGUUAAAGUACAGUAGUGGUACUAAUGCACUUGGAGGCGCUGUUAUCGUCCUCACUGCUCUCCAGAUUUCUGCACAAGAUAUGCGAAGUGACAGUAUGAAAGGACCUAUUCCAACCCUGUUGGUUGCAAAUUCCAGAAUCAAGAACAACAAGAAAGGUAUACUCGCCUCCUACUACAACAGAUAUUUGGACGAGAUCGGUGAUCACUUUCUCCGGAAAGCGAACGAGACCAUACAACUAGUCGGUUGCGAGUUGUCCCACAAUCAGGAGGAGGCUAUUUACGUACACUCGCCUCACUGGAACAUCUUUCAGACGAACUUGUCCGAGAUCGCCAUCCACAUAAACGACAGUCUGAUCACGGAUAAUGGUAAAGGCAUAUACCAGUUCAGCCGCGACGCACGACACUCCAACAACCUCUUCCAUUGGAUAAUGCAAGACAGCACCAUCGAGAGGAAUAAGAAAGGUGGCUUUGAAGUGUCCUUACCCGAUGUCUGGCAGUACAACGAAAAUUUCACGCAUUCUUUGUACUUUAAUAACAAUACCUGGCGGAACAAUGAACAGUUUGGCUUCAUAGUCGACGGACAUUACGCUACCUUGAAUAUGUCACACAACCGAUUCGAGGGGAAUCGCUGUAAGUCCGGCUUAAUCUCCAUCCGUGGAAUGGAGAAGAAGAUGCAGAUUGACAAUAACCGUAUCGAGAGUAAUAAGGGUGUGUACAUGGUGGAAUUCAAGGCAGAUAGUCAGUCUGAAAUUCUGGGUGAUGUUCAUGCCCAUUUCUGUUUCAACGAGGUUAAACGAAACAGUUAUGACUUGGACAGUAUGGAACCACGUCGUACGAAUGAUGGCCCGAGCUAUGUCGUUGGCUUCCAUGGGAUACAGAAGGUGCAGAUAAAUAAGAACUUGUUCGGCCAGAACUCGCUAGACUAUGAGCUACUGGCUGGUAUCAGAACCGCGAAGAUCAACAACGAGGUUAAUGUGACGGAUAAUUGGUGGGGCACCUCGAACGACAGUGAAAUAAGAAAAAAGAUCUUCGACUUCGAUGAUUGGAACGACCACGCCGUGGCUAAUUUUCACCCCUUUUUGAUCGAAGAUUCUUUCAACUCCGAUGUGUCUGCGUCCUGCCAAUUUGGAAAAGAGAUAGAUUUUGACAAUUUGGGCGGACGAAUAGUAGAGAAUUUAUCCAUACACGCCAGAGACAAACCUUACGUCGUACGAUCGGAUAUCACUAUCAUGCCGGAAGCUACUUUACACAUUUAUCCAGAUGUCGUUAUGGAGUUUGCUCCCAACGUUGGAAUUCUAGUUCUUGGUACCUUGAAGGCUGUUGGUUCACCCGAGCACGAAAUUAUAAUGAGGCCGAUGGAACGAGAUAAUAAUGAGUCGAACGCGAAAUUGAGAAGCGGGAAGAUUGUUUCGGUGUCGGAGGAAACGAUUCGUCUCUGCAAAGAUGGACGAUGUUCCUCUUUGUAUAACGAAGGAUUUUUGGAAUUCUUCAAUAAAACCACCUUGCAAUGGAUACCUCUGUGCGACACGAGAUUUACAGAAAGAAACGCGCAAGUAGCCUGUCGACAAUUGGGCCAUGAUUCACUCAAUGUCUACGUGUCGUACGAUCGGAGGUACGAGCUUCAUCCUGGUUCUCUGAUUCGUGUUUGGUCUUGGUCCGAACCAUUACAGUGCACGGGCAAAGAAGAGAAACUGGAAGACUGCCAGAUUAGACUGAACGGUCAAUUAUAUGGCCAUCGACACGAAUGUCCAUGGGACAGUCAAUUUGUCUUCAUAAAUUGUGGAAAACGAAAUCUGGACGACAAUCGUGACUAUUGGGGUGGCAUACGUAUUGCCAACAGUGAAUUUGAGCACCACUUGUACGAGCAUCGUAUUCACGACGUUGUCACUCACGGGACAGUAAGACGCGUCGAGUCUAUCUUAAAAUAUAUUAAUAUUACCGGUGCUGGAAUUUUGCACUUCGAGAAAUCGGCUGCUCUUCAAACGAUCAUGAAAUCUCCUACUAUAAUGCAUGUCGAUAUAUCUCACAGUGCUUAUCAUGGAAUCAAUGUAAUAUCACCGACGCAUACGAUUGAAUUGCUGUUCAAUAACAUUAACAAUGUGCUCGGUAACGGUGUGAAUGUGCUCUCUAUAACGGGAGAAGGGCGAGAAGCAGAUGAAAGUUCCUUCACCCCUAUUAAGGAUCUCAAUAUUCCCUACAACUUGUUCAGCAUGAUCGACAUAUGUGACACUUCCAAGGAGAUCACUCUCGAGGAACGUGUAAUCGUUUACUACAAAUACGACAAUCAUCCCGUCAAUUGUAUUAAGAUAUUCCGUAGUGCUUAUAGAGCGAAGCCUUUUGGAUUUAGAUUAUUGCAAUUCAAUCUUUUUAAUUCUACCGGAAAACCUGGACGAGUUGAUAGUAUAACUUUAUACGAUGGAGAUAUUUAUAACAUCACUGCCAAGCGUAUAGGUCAUUUAGAGGCUAAUAGUCUUGACGAGAAGAAGUUGUUUAGGACUCAGGGACCUAGCCUUAGUGUAAGACUAUUUGCUAAUGGUGCGAGCAACGUGCACGGUUUCAUCGCAGAGGUUGUUACUUUGCCUAUCUCUGCUAUUGGAUUUAAUCGUGAUAUGCAACAUAAUAUUUCUUAUUCUGUGAUAUCCAACUGUCGCGAAGGUGCGAUCAAAUAUGCCAGUGCCGGUGAAGUGCAUGCAGUAAUGACUCUCGAACGUAACCAGUUCACGAAUAACUGUGAGAAACUUUAUGGGAAUUUUUCGACUUGCAAGUCAGCUCUAUGGUUGGACGUUCAAAAUACUCAAUCUUUAUUCUUCAGGAAUAACGUAGUUCGAUUCAAUGAAGGUGGUCUUUCGAUUCGUGCUGACUCCAGAGGAUCAGCAACUUCUUUGAAAGCAUGGAUUCACAACAAUCUGUUUGCUGAUAAUUUUAAUAAACCUGUGCUGUAUGUGGAGGGUCGUCAAAGCAGUCCAUACCAAGAAGUGACAAUAUUCAGAAACUACUUUACAAAGAACUCUGCUCCUUACGAUAAUAAUAUUGUCUUAAAACAAGUAGUCAGCAAUAUGACCCUGAACUACUUGCAUGCUAAUCUUGGUGCUCAUCUCUUAGAAAUUUCUGGAUUUGAAGGUGUCCGUUUGCCUAUCUAUCAAAGCACAUCCCACAAUGGUUUUUAUAAGAAUUACGCAGUGGAUCGCAAUGGACGUAGUACAAUAGUUGCUGGAACUCCUGGCCAACAAUACGUUGACAAUGUCUUUUUCAAUCCAGAUAAUGAUUAUGAAAUACUGACCACAAACAGAUCACAGCAAUUAGAAAUGUGGAGAUCUCACAUAGAUGCACGACACAACUGGUGGGGAUACAAUGAAACCUUAGCAGUCGCAGGUAGGGUCAGGGAUAGAGGAGAUUCGCCAGAGUUGUUACAAGUGGACUAUCAACCUUUUCACAUGACCAACCAGUCUGUCCUUAAUGGAAAAUGUCCACCUGCGUGGGAUCUCGUGGGUGACACUUGUUACAUAUAUAUUGGUGGCCCCAUGGACUUUUUUAGUGCCAGAGAUUUUUGCAGAUCUGUAAAUGCAUCGAUGCCAUUUAUCAUGGGUGAUUACCUUGAACUUUGGAAAUUCUUACGGAAGCAACAAGUACGUUAUGACUAUUCGGAUCGUGCAUGGGUGCAGCAAUUAGAUCAUGUGGAUGAGUGCACAACUUUCACCUACCAAACCAUAGAGAUUGAUCACUGUGCUCAACCGAGUCCCUUCAUUUGUGAAAUUGAUCCUAAAGUGAAGAUCGAUCCACUAUCGUGGAGGAAAGACAUCGUUGCAGUAGCUGUUCUAGGAGCAGCAGGUGUAGCACUUGCGUUGUUAACAGCUGCUAUCGCGCUUUGGGUGUCCAAGUCGAAGAGACGAAAUAUCGAGAGGCUAGAAAGACGAAACUCCAUCAGACAAUCCUUACAUUCAUUACGAUCAGUCGGCUCUACUUCAGGGUUCACCGAACUCGCCUAUCGACGUAAACCAAUUGCGACGAAGCAUUCAACAGAUACUCUGAACUCCAAGUCCUUGGAUUACAAAAGAAUGCUGAACGGUGGUAGCAUAGAUUCAAUGGACAAGUCACAGCUGAACUCGUCGAUGGAAGAUAAUCAGAGCUAUGACGUGUACGAGGCGCACAAUCCAAGAUACUCACCGAGUACCAGCGGCUUUAAAAGUUCUGUUGAAAAAUACGGGGCUCCGCAAAGCGGGGACAAUCCAGUGUUUGAUCUAACUUAUCGCAAUGAAGGUUUUAGAAAUCAUUCCACGUUCACGUCAAGAAGCACCAAUGACUGGCCCAUUGAAUCAACCGCGGAAACGACCGCCGAAGAGAUUCCCGCUGGCGACGCAACCAACGAGAGCUCGUACCUUAACAAUACGUCCACUCUUCCUCUGAAUGCCAGCCUUGCUCUAACAGAUUCUAUUAGCGAAUUGAAACGCGAUAUCGAAGCGUCAGCCGCAUACAGUCCGAUGGAUUAUGAUCCAAGACGCAGUUACGACAACGCAACAUUGACACCGAGUCAGGCAUCAGAGCCUGUUCCGGAAUACGCUCCAGAUUUCAACCCACCAAUACCUCCUCAUCCGUAUCAUUAUGCCGAAGGUCGACCCAGAAGCGACGCGCUACUUGAAACAAAUCUGGACACUGGAGAGGAGAAACCUUUACGUUCAAAGAGCGAAGCGCUCUUGGAAACUAACUUGGACGUUUUCCUAGCGAAUGAGCCCACGGAAUUAACGCAACUUUCUGCUGCAGCGAGAAGCAAGAGCCAACCUUUAGAAACGGCGAUGUAAAUCGGGAUGUGUUUAUACCCUUUUGAAUUAGAAAUCGAGAUAGCCUGUGUAUCGUGUAACAGUGAUGGGCGGACGAAGUGCCCGCGGGGCACCGAAUUCAAACUGAGAAACUUAAUAUCCAUCACUGCUGAAGGACCUAAUAAUAGGGAAAUUCAUACUUCAUGUGUACAAAGAGCGUAUCAUGCAACGAUGCGACUGCGCGAUUCGUAAUUAGAACUUUUGACGAAUGUUAUAAAUAUAUCUCAUUUAUGCAUAUAUAGUUUUUAUUAUAAGUCGUCAUAAAAUCACAAAGGAAGAUGCAAAGGAUAAUUUUGAAAAUAUUCUACACUGCCAGACUGCCGAUAAAAGUAUGUUUUAUACUCGCACAAAUGAGGUAUACUCAUGUGACCAUGUUUUGUGAUAGAUAACUCGUCGGAGUAUAAAUUACAUUAUAACUUCGUUAAGGUACUUAUGGUACCCAUUAAGUAGAUGAAUUUAAGGAUGUGAUCUACGAAGGAAAACUGUAUCUACCGUUUUUAAUAUAAAUUAAAAAAUACUUAUGUCAAAUUAAUUCAGGAUCAACUAAAAUGCCUGUAUUAAUUUACAGUAUGGUUUCAUCACGAAAUCAUUGCUAUUGAAAGUUUCGUGAAUGAAUGGAUUAUUUCAUUUGCAACGACUUAAUAGAUACAGUUUUCCUUGUAGGUUCUGACCUCACCAAGCGCCUUGAAAACAUUUUUUAGAAGCAUUCCGUCGCAAUAGAUUAUCUGUAAGUUUGUUACGAGCGAUAGUAACCCUUUUAUACAAGAUAUAUACAGAGUUGAUUACAAGAAUCUAAAUAUUUAUUUUAUUUGUUAAAGAUAUGAAAAAAGUUUAUUCAUUAUGUUAUGGCUUCUCCAAUAACAUAGCUUUUGUGAAUAUACUUGUAUAAUUCUGAAAAUAAGAAUAUUCAGUUUCUCGUGACAAACCCUGUAUAUACAGUGUGUCCAGUUUAGGCCGGAGUUACUAUAUGUGUUUAUACAGUGGAUGAAAAAAGUAUUGCACUCAACGUUUUUAUAAUUUUUUUAUUCGUCGUACACUUUUAUAUGUAAUAUUUUAAUUAUACCUGUCACAAUAGUGUGUCAAUACUUUUGUCAACUCACUGUAGAUGUAUAGAUUCCACAAGCAUCAAUUGCUGUCUUUCAAUAAAUCGACGUAAGAUAUUCAUUCAUAUUUUUUAUACUGUUAUCGUUGAAAGAAUUAUAGAACGUUACGUACGAUUUAUUACGAUAACGACGGCACAACGAACAAACGUCCAAUGUAUAAUGUAUUCUUCCAAGGAGGAGGAAUUGCAAAUUCACGAAUGGAAGGAAAAUAGUAUUCCAGCAAUGACUCGCAUUUUCAGGGCAUAAUACCAUAUUAUUGAUUCUUUUUUUUAAUAUGUGCGUAAUUUAAUACUUGUACAUUGAAAAUUGUCCACGAUGAAACUAAUAAAUUGCAUCGAUUAAAAAACAAAUCUUUACAUAAUCAUUCUUUAGGUUAAGUUUAUUACCCUAUGAAGUAAAUUAAUAUAUAUUACAUAGUAAUAAUGAAGGGAUCGAAUAAAUAAUGGAAGACUAUUUUAAAACAAUAUCGAAUAUAUUAAUAUUAAUAUCGUUAAUAACAUUAUUAAAUAUCGCAAUCAGAUUACUAUUCGUCGUAGCCGUUUUCUGAGACCGCUGAAACGAUCAAUCGACAGACUUUCAUUUUUUUAUUAUUUUUUGUUUUAAAUAAAGCUCUCUACGUGUUUGCAACGCGUAGCAUCACGUACAAACGGAAAAACGGCUUUGUUUUAUUUCGCGCACUUUAGACGCGAAUAUUUUGCAUUUAAAUAUGUUGAAUCUUAUAAUAAAAUAGGCAUACAAACGUAUAUACAAUUUUCUAUUAGACUAACGUUAUAGGAGUCACGUCGAAAUCAAAUCGGACACUUCCGGUUAACUACGGAAUAGUACGAUUCAAUCUGCGAAAAUUACCGAAAUAUUUUUGCAUCAAUUUACAUUGUAAAAUAAAAGAAUUGAAUUUUCUUUUGUAAAAUUUGACACGGGAAAAUCGUUCUCAUGAUCAGGAGAACACGUUUUGUUAGGAACUAUCCUCAACAUGUAACCGACAGCGAUCGAUUAUAAUCCAUAAUCGAAAGUUCUUGAUAACUGUUACUAUGUUUUAAAAAAGGAACUGCACAAUUUCAACUGGAUUAUCCGCACAUCGAAGAAGAUACAUUUUAGCAAUUUAAUGGAAAUAAUAUCUUUUCACCUGAUAUUCCGCAGUACGGGAAGGUCGUCCUUUUGAUCCAUAUUGCACACGUCACAACAAAAAUAAACAACGGGGAUAAAUUAUUGCACCAAUAUCGUGCAAAAUAGUACACACGGUAACGAGAAACAGCAAUUUGUUCGUGGUGCUCGUUAACCUGGGAGCACUAUUACGCGUACAUUUAUAUUCUUAACGCACUUAAUCGGAAAACGCUUGAACAAAUUGUCGGUCCGUACACGAGCUGAUAAACAUUUUAGCUCAUAGCACUCGUAUAAUUUAUUAAUUACUCCGAUAUUUUUUAAUUGCACUUCUCAUCGCGACGAGAAUCGCUGAACAAAAUACAACAAAUCACGUGUCACUGACAACAUAGUUUUGGCGCGUACGUUCGAUCAGAUAACUUCAGGUACGUUUGAAUCGAGAGUAUCGAUAACAUCGAUAUCAUUAAAUAUCUCCGUCAUCCUCAAAGAUGUUUCCCUCGAUAUUUCUUUCUUUCUUAAUUUUAUGCCUUAUAUACGUACGAGAACAUACAUUUAAUUAGAAAUCAAAUGUAUGUUGCGUAAUUUAGAUGUUUUACAAUCGAAACAUACGUUGAAUUUUUUGCGACAAUUAUAACUACACCUCGAUCAUGAAUUAUCGAUUAUUCAAGCUCAUUUCAAUAUCUAAUCGUAAUAAUCAUAAAUAUACGUGUACAUAUACAUACUUAUGUAAUUUACCUGCGCGUGUAAUAUGUUCGUAUCAAGAUAAACACGUUUAAAAUAUAACUUGUUAAGUAUCUUUCUAUCGAAUGCAUUUUUAAUUCUUACGUUUCUAUUAUUUAAAGUCAUCAUGACUUUCAAACGCAAAUCGUUUUUACAGCUAAAAUUGCACCUUUGUACACGAGCGCCAUUAACAGGAACAGGAAGAAUGACAUCUUCAAUUCGACUUUUGUCAAGACUACGAAACUUCUCUCCCUCGUAUACAUAUUCGAAAAGAUUUCAUAAUUUGUAAAUUUCAAUUCUAUCCUUAGUUUGAAAAUAAACAUUCCGAAAGAAUAUAAUUAAAUUUUGAUAAAAAUAAAUGUAAAACAAGGGAGGCAGAAUAAAAAGAGUAAAAAAUAUAUACUAUAUAUAGACACACGGGAAACACAAAAUUGAAAUGUUACGUACACUAAUUACGUAAUUGAGCGAUCGAUUAAUGUCAGGUGUCAGAAUGUUUACCUGAUGAUUUAUUAAUUAAUAGAGAUGUUAUCAUGAAGUCGGGUUACCUGAGCAUGCCCAAUUUUUUCCUACCCGAUCCAGACCCUAACAUCGCUAUCAAUUAAUGUGCAUAUUAUGUAAUCGUCACCAUUAAUGAACUGUAAUUAUUCACGUAUCGAAAUACAUAAAUCAAGAU